ACAAGUUAAGCACGGAUGAUGUAUUUUAUUUGUAGAUACUGAUUAAAGACACCAAAUGCUUUUAACUUUUGCUUUUAUUAACCAUUCGUAACUUUCACAUUAAAUUUUUAACGUCCACCAUCUAGGAUGGUUUUUAUAACUGAAGGACUAAUCCGGAAACGAGCUGAACACAAUGAAGGUUUGAUAUACUCCCUUGAAGAAAUCAGUUUACAUCAGAGUGACAUCGAGAAGAUUGAGAACAUCGACAAAUGGUGCCGUGAUCUGAAAAUUCUUUACCUUCAAAGCAAUCUGAUCGACAAGAUCGAAAACGUCGGAAAAUUAAAACAAUUGGAAUACCUCAACCUAGCCUUGAACAAUGUUACUAAAGUGGAAAAUCUUGAAAAAUGCGAAAAUCUAAAGAAACUAGACCUGACCGUCAAUUUUAUUGCAGAGCUAACAUCAAUAGAGUCUCUUCAGAGUAAUGGGUUUUUGCAAGAAAUGUACAUGACAGGCAAUCCUUGUGCUAAAUUCGACAACUACCGCGAGUACGUGAUUGCGACUCUUCCGCAAGUUGAACGGUUAGACGGAAUAGAGGUCACCAACACUGAAAGACUCGAAGCAAUGCAAAGUUUGAAAUCGAUCAGAGAAUCUAUCGUGUGGCAGCAGAAAGACUACUUCAUUAAGCAACAGAAAACUAAAGAAGGUGCUGGUGGUCGUUGGUACACUGACAUUGGGGCAGAGGCACCUGAAACAGCGACCAUCGAAGAGUUGAAACCGGACAGUGAACUUACGCCAGAGGAAAUAAAGCAAAAAAAUGAUGCGUUUUGGAAAUCGCCGGCUGAAAAUACUCCGGAGACAAGGAAAGCAAUACACAAAAAGUUGGAGGAGGAAAAGGCUGCAGUUGAGGAACAAAGAAAGGGGAUAAGAACGAAUAAAGUUCCUAAAAGAGAAACUGUUCUGGAACGUGAAGGAAAAAGAUUAAAUCUGAAUCAAGCGAAGUGGCCAUUUAAAUUGGACGAUUCGACUAACGAGAAUUCAGUAAAGUUAGAAGUAAGCAUACCAAAAUAUCUUUCUACUCAUAGCGUCGAUGUUGAUGUACAGCCGACAUACGUAAAGAUAGUAGCAGAGAACAGGCAUUUCCAGCUUGUGUUAAACGAUGAAAUAUGUCCAGAUAAAAGUUCGUGUCAGCGGUCUCAGAUGACAGGUAUUCUAGUGUUGACCAUGCCUACAGCAAAACAGACAAUUGUUCCUGAGAAGGUCAAUAACAAACCAUCCUUCAGAGAUGAAAACUCUAACUUAGUUAAGAAAAAACCCUCAAAGACGACUGGUUAUCUCGAAGUUGAUCCUUCUAAAAAGUCAAAUCUUGACUUCAGUAACAUUGUUAAUGAUUCAUCAAAAUCCAGACCGAUUGUGGCCAAACGUACCGUAGUUAAAGAAAAAGUUGUUUCAGCUGAUUUUGUUGAUGAUCUUGAUGUACCUCCUCUGUUUUGAUUUUUUGGGUCUAUUUGAGGAUUGAUGACUUCAGAUUGGUGUGUUAUGGGUCUAAUUUGAAAAUUUAGUGUUUUGACUGGGUGUUAAAUUGUGUAUUUUCUGAUUUAUUUCAUGUUUUAUUA